UAUUUAUCAAGUAGUAUGGUUUUACAAGCAAUCUCAGAUCCUUUUUGAAGGACAUUAUCGCUUAAUCGAAAUUGAGAAAUUACGGCAGCUGGUGACACCUUUGAGAUGCGUAUUGAAUUAGCAUAAAACGUUAUCACACGAUUUUAUUAGAUUGCAAGAAGGAUGAAGCUUGCCAAUUUUGUAGGGAUCUUGUUUCUCUUUAAAGAUUGUUUGCUCAGCAAUGCAAUCGACAAGGCUGAUACUAACAAUAAUCCCUCUUUACCUGUGGUAGUGAUCACCUGGGAUUAUGCAACUGUAGCAACAAAAGCAUGGGAUCUAAUCUAUAAUCAGAAGAAAAGUGCUCUAGACACGAUAGAAGAAGGCUGCACUUUAUGUGAGGCGGAACAAUGCAGAGGAACCGUAGGAUUUGGUGGCAGUCCAGAUGAAUCUGGAGAAACUACACUGGAUGCUAUGAUUAUGGACGGAGUGACAAUGGAUGUAGGCGCAAUAGGAGGAUUGCGAAACGUAAAAAGCGCUAUUUCGGUGGCUCGCAAGGUGCUGCACCACACAAAACAUUCUUUAUUGGGCGGGGAAUUGGGUAUGAAGUUCGCCGUCAAGAUGGGAUUCAAGGAAGAAUCUCUAACGACAAAUAAAUCCUUGCAGAUGUGGACGGAAUGGAAAACAAAUAAUUGUCAACCCAAUUUCUGGAAGAAUGUUGAACCGGAUCCAACGACCAGCUGCGGGCCGUAUAAGCCAAAGAACAUACAAGACAACGAUAAUAGUUACGAAGAACUCACAUUUGAAGGAAGCGAGGAAAAUCACGAUACAAUCGGUAUGCUUGCAAUAGACUCGCAAGGACGUACGGCGGCCGGUACUUCGACGAACGGUGCCAAACACAAAAUACCCGGCCGCAUCGGGGAUUCUCCUAUUCCGGGAGCUGGAGCAUAUGCUGAUCAAGAAGUUGGCGCGGCAGCUGCUACUGGCGACGGAGAUAUUAUGUUGCGGUUUCUACCGAGUUUUUUGGCAGUAGAGGAGAUGCGUCGUGGAGCAACGCCAUAUACAGCUGCCAGGAAUGCGAUUAAUAGGAUCGCUCAGCAUUAUCCCACUUUCUUCGGUGGGGUAAUCACCGUGAACAAUAGAGGAGAAUUUGGAGCUGCAUGUAACGGAAUGAAAGAUGGAUUUCCAUUUUAUAUCGCAAAUCCUUCAGGGAAAAGAUUGUUUACAGUUGAAUGCACUAAUUAUAAUGUACAUUGUUACAAGAAAGAUGCAAAUUGCUGAUUUGCAUUUAUAGUUUGUUUAAUAAGCUUCAAAAUGAUAAAAGUAAUAUAUCGGGGAAGCAUUUUUAAUGAUGUUACUAUAAAAAAGAAGACUAUGUUAAAACAAAUAAAUAUCUGAGUAAGCAUUUGUAUAAAUUCAAUGCAAGUAUUGUGAAUGAUAUCAUGAUACAUUGUAUAACAAGUAAAACAAAGAAUACAAUAUAAAUCCAUUUUGUUUUA